GAAUGGCACUGCGGCCUGCUCCCACGCAAUAACAUACCUCCUCUCGCUCCGCCAUGAGAGAGGACCUCCGCAGACUUCAACAUGGACGCCAACAUCACCAAGGCUUUGAAUGAUAGACUCUACGAUAAGCGCAAAAGCGGUGCUCUCGAGCUCGAAGGUCUGAUCCGCGAGUCGCUGGCCGUCCGGGACUUUGAUCGCAUUCAGAAGAUUGUACACCAGCUGUGCCAUGAAUACGCCUAUGCCGUCCAUCAACCUCAUGCAAGAAACGGUGGCCUUAUUGGCCUCGCCGCGGCUUCAAUAGCUUUAGGCCCGGAAGUCGCCCGCUAUCUCGAAGAAAUCGUCCCUCCCGUACUUGCUUGUUUCUCCGACCAAGAUGCCCGUGUCCGAUACUACGCUUGCGAAAGCAUGUAUAACAUUGCCAAAGUCGCAAAAGGCGAAAUACUCCUGUACUUCAAUCAGGUCUUCGAUGCCCUCUGCAAGCUUGCUGCUGAUUCGGAGCUCUCUGUCAAAAACGGAGCAGAGCUGUUGGACCGCCUGAUCAAAGACAUCGUAGCUGAAUCCGCAGCAUCUUAUGUAUCUCUUCUUCAUUCCCCGGAGAUGAAGGGAGAUAACGCCCCCGACGUUGAAGAUAGCCCGGUGGAGGACCACCCGACUGCCUUUUCGCUAGAACGCUUCUUACCUCUUCUCGAAGAACGCAUCAAUGUCAUAAGCCCUUACACUCGGACUUUCCUCGUGGCGUGGAUAACUCUACUUGACUCUAUUCCCGAUCUCGAACUUGUGGCCUACCUCCCUCGAUUCUUGGGUGGUCUCUUCAAGUUUCUUAGUGAUCAUAACCAGGACGUGCAUACCGCUACACAGGUUGCGUUGGACCGUUUUAUCAGCGAGAUAAGGAAAAUUGCCCGUAUCAAGCGUGGCAUCGCUGAUAGCAAGAAGAGUCAGGGCGAGGAACAGUUCAAGCAAUCUACUUCCAGCCUCCAGAGCAGGGCAGAUGAUGAGAGCGACGUCGACGGCAGUAGCAUUGCUCAAGGGCGGCGACAAUCAACGGACGAGAAGGACGACGAAAGUUUGGCUAGUGGGUCGGCAGCUGUUGACGACGAGAAGUCAGCUAGUGGUGACGGAGAUUGGGUUCCUGGUCAAGACGUGGAAGUUGAUCAUUCUAAAAUCUUGGAGAUAUUGGUCAGCUUUCUGGGUGCUCCGUAUGGUGAUAAAGAAGAAGAAAACCACGAGAUCUUGCUUACGACAUUGCGGUGGAUAGACAGCUUCUUCGAGAUAUGCCCGGAAGAUAUCAUGCCCUUUGUCCCCAGCCUUUUGACCUAUGUUCUUCCAAGGAUGUCGCAUGACCUAGACUCUGUUCGCCAAGCAGCAAACAAAGUCAACGCUUCUACCAUGGAUUACAUCAUGUCACUGUCUGAUGAGAACCGUCGUUCAGAUGCUCCAGUCGGCAUCUCUACGCAGUUGCCAAAUUCUCUUUCAGCUCUGGGCAAAGAACUGACUGGAAUUGAGCGACGAGAAUCUAACCUGUCCAGUCGAUUACUCAAAACUGUGAUUCAAGACCGCACAGAAUCACAUUCCAUAGGUACUAGGACACCUACCCCAGCGGAAGAGCGUGGCUCUUCACCACGCCCGAUUCCGGAACUCGACUACCAGGCGGCAGUCAAUGCCCUCACACUUCAAUUCUUAAAUGAACACGAAGCGACUCGGGUUGCAGCCAUAGCUUGGUUGAUAAUGCUUCAUCGGAUUGCGCCUGGCAAGAUCCUUUCGGUGGAAGAUGGCACAUUUCCUGCACUUCUUAAGACCUUGUCCGACCCAUCUGAGGCAGUGGUUACACGCGAUUUAUUACUUCUCUCUCAGAUCUCGAAGAACAGUGACGAUUCUUACUUCACUUCGUUCAUGGUCAACCUGUUAAAGCUUUUCUGCACUGAUCGGCGACUCUUGGAGACAAGAGGCAACCUUAUUAUCCGCCAGCUUUGUGUUACAUUGAGUGCCGAGCGUAUAUACAGGACAAUGGCUGAUUGUCUUGAAAAAGAUGAAGAUGUCGAAUUCGCAAGCAUCAUGGUUCAAAACCUGAACAACAACCUCAUCACGGCACCGGAGUUGGCCGACCUUAGAAGAAGGCUAAGAAACCUCGAUUCCAAAGACGGACAGUCAUUCUUCGUAUCAUUAUUCAAAUCAUGGUGUCACAAUGCCGUAGCUACCUUCUCCCUUUGUCUCUUAGCUCAAGCAUACGAGCAAGCAUAUCACUUACUUCAGAUCUUUGCGGACCUCGAGAUGACGGUCAACAUGCUCAUUCAAAUCGAUAAGUUGGUUCAGCUCCUUGAAUCUCCUGUCUUCACAUAUUUGCGCAUGCAGCUUCUGGAACCUGAAAGAUAUCCUCAUCUCUACAAAUGUCUCUAUGGUCUUCUCAUGCUUCUCCCGCAAUCAUCAGCCUUUGCCGCGCUCAAGAAUCGCCUCAACAGUGUCUCCGCAAUUGGCUACUUGCAUAUUGCACCUCGAACUGCACAACAGGGAGCCCCCGUAUCCAGCUUUGAGCGUCCGAAUCGAUUAAAGGCCCGGGAGGAUGGGGGUGUCAAGUGGAUCGACUUAUUGGAUAAAUUUAAAACCACCCAAGAGAAAGCCAGGAAAAACCAACGAAUGGCCAGUAUGGGAGAGGAUGUGGGGCCAAGUCCCGUUCAAGAAAAGGGUCCUCCAGAUGUACCAUCCAAGGGCGCAGGACUUGGACGUGGCCCACCACCGCCUAGUGGAAUGAAUCGACCACCACCGGGGGUAGCUGGGCAACAGCCUGCUGGACACAGGGCCAGGUCUAGCUUGACCAAUCUAGGGAGACUGGCAGGUGGAGUUGCUGGUAGACGGAAGAAAUAG